AUGCCGGCGUCCCAACUGAACCCCUGGAAAUCCACUUCCGUCUGCCAACCUUGCUCCGCGGGGAACCUCCAGACGAGCACCUCCCUGGGCCCCCCUUGUUCGGAAGCCUCUCCCGUCGUUUCGUCCGACCGAAGAUCCGGCCCCUUCAUUCCACCGGCUAUCGGUGUCUGCACCUCGCUCCGCGAGAGCCACCCUUCCACCAUGAGCAGCCGAUCCGUAUCCACCGGCGCUUCCACGCCCCUCGAGGCGCAGGGCGCUACCUCGCCUACCGCCCACAGCGCCGUCGACAUGCCUGCCGACGACGAACGCGGUGUCAACGUCGAGCGUGCCAAGUCCGAGUUUGCCAUGCUCGAGACCUCGCUCAGCAGACAGUCCCACACCUACGGUCGCCAGCAGACCGAGCAGCCCAAGGACGUCGAGAGCGACGCUGCCAACGCCGACGACGACGAAGACUUUGAUCUGGUGCAGUACCUCCGCUCCACCCAGUCCGAGAACUCCAAAGCCGGCAUCAAGAGCAAGCACGUCGGCGUCUCGUGGACCAACUUCGAGGUGCUCGGCAACGACUCGAUGGCCCUCAACAUCCGCACCUUCCCGGACGCCGUCACCGGCACCUUCCUCGGCCCCAUCUUCAAGAUCAUGGCCGCCCUCAACAAGAACCGCGGCCGCAAGCUCCUCCAGAACUUCAACGGCUUCGCCAAGCCCGGCGAGAUGGUGCUCGUCGUCGGACGCCCCGGCUCGGGCUGCUCAACCUUCCUCAAGACCAUCGCCAACCAGCGCGGCGGCUACAUCGCCGUCAACGGCGACGUCAGCUACGGCGGCAUCAGCGCCCACGAGUUCGGCAAGAAGUACAAGAGCGAAGCCGUCUACAACGAGGAGGACGACUUCCACUUUGCCACGCUCACCGUCCAGCAGACGCUCGAGUUCGCUCUCAACCUCAAGAGCCCCGGCAAGCGUCUCCCGCACCAGACCGUCAAGUCGCUCAACAAGGAGGUGCUCGACACCUUCCUCAAGAUGCUCGGCAUCCCGCACACCGCAAACACCCUCGUCGGAUCCGCCACCGUUCGUGGCGUGUCGGGUGGCGAGCGCAAGCGUGUCAGUAUCGCCGAGUGCAUGGCCUCGCGUGCCGCCGUGCUCAGCUGGGACAACGCCACGCGCGGUCUCGACGCCUCGACGGCGCUCGACUACGCCAAGUGCAUGCGCGUCUUCACCGACAUUGUCGGCCUCACCACCUUCGUCACGCUCUACCAGCCCGGCGAGGGUAUCUGGGAGCAGUUCGACAAGGUCAUGGUCAUCGACCAGGGCCGCUGCGUCUACUUUGGCCCGCGCGACAAGGCGCGCGCCUACUUCCUCGACCUCGGCUUCAAGGACUACCCGCGCCAGACCUCGGCCGACUUCCUCUCGGGAUGCACCGACCCCAACCUCGACCGCUUCCCCGAGGGUAAGACCGCCGACGACGUUCCUUCGACGCCCGAGCGUCUCGAGCAGGCCUUCCAGAACUCGCAGAUCUACCGCGACAUGAUGCAGCAGAAGCAGGAGUACGACGCACAGCUUGAGGCUGACAACAACGCAGAAAAGGAGUUCCGAGAGGCCGUGCUGGAAGACAAGCACCGCGGCGUGCGCCCCAAGAGCGUCUACACCGUCAGCUUCGCCCGCCAGGUCCAGGUGCUCACCAAGCGUCAGAUGCAGAUGAUCCUCGGUAACCGCCUCGACAUCUUUGUCUCGUUUGCCACCACCAUCGCCAUCGCCCUCAUCGUGGGUGGUGUCUUCCUCAACCUCCCCGAGACGGCCGCAGGCGCCUUCACUCGCGGCGGUGUCCUCUUCAUCGGUCUCCUCUUCAACGCGCUCACCGCCUUCAACGAGCUUCCCACCCAGAUGGGCGGCCGCCCGGUGCUGUACAAGCAGAUGAACUACGCCUUCUACCGCCCCUCGGCUCUCAGCCUGGCGCAACUCUUCGCCGACAUCCCGCUGUCGAUCUCCAAGAUCAUCCUCUUCUCCAUCAUCCUCUACUUUAUGGCCGGACUCGAGCGCACGGCAGGCGCCUUCUUCACGUUCUUCAUCUUCGUUUACACCGGCUACCUCGCCAUGUCGGCGCUCUUCCGACUGUUCGGCACCGUCUGCAAGUCGUACGACACGGCAGCGCGUCUGGCCGCCGUCAUCAUCUCGGCGCUCGUCGUGUUCGCCGGCUACGUGAUCCCGCGCAACGCCAUGUACCGCUGGCUCUUCUGGAUCUCCCUCGCCUGCGUCGGCACGUACAUUGUGCCGCGCAACCCGCCCGGAUCCAACGCGUAUCCCAACGACGUCGGUGCCAACCAGGUGUGCACUCUCCCCGGUGCUCAGCCCGGUAACCAGUUUGUUGCCGGCAACGACUACUUGCGCGCCAGCUUCGGCUACGACUCGAGCGAUCUCUGGCUCUACUUUGGCGUGGUCGUCAUCUUCUUUGUCGGCCUGGUUGCCGUCACGAUGAUCGCCAUCGAGGUGUUCUCGCACGGCUCCUUCUCGAGCGCUCUGACCAUUGUCAAGAAGCCCAACAAGGAGGAGCAGAAGCUCAACCAGCGUCUCAAGGAGCGUGCCUCGAUGAAGGAGAAGGAUGCCAGCAAGCAGCUCGACGUCGAGUCGCAGCCGUUCACCUGGGAGAAGAUCCGCUACACGGUGCCCGUCAAGGGCGGCAAGCUGCAGCUUCUGGACGACGUUUACGGUUACUGCCGCCCUGGUACCCUGACGGCGCUCAUGGGUGCCUCGGGUGCCGGAAAGACGACUCUGCUCGAUGUGCUUGCCGACCGCAAGUCGAUCGGUGUCAUCAGCGGCGACCGUCUGAUUGGCGGCAAGAAGAUCGGCAUCGACUUCCAGCGCGGAUGCGGUUACGCCGAGCAGCAGGACAUCCACGAGGGCACGUCGACGGUGCGCGAGGCUCUGCGCUUCAGUGCGUACCUGCGCCAGCCGCAGCACGUGCCCAAGGAGGACAAGGAUGCGUACGUCGAGGACAUUAUCGAGCUGCUCGAGAUGCAGGAGAUCGCGGAUGCCAUGAUCGGUGUUCCCGAGUUCGGUCUCGGCGUCGGCGACCGCAAGCGAGUGACGAUCGGUGUGGAGCUUGCUGCGCGCCCGGACCUGCUGCUCUUCCUCGACGAGCCCACUUCGGGUCUGGACGGCCAGACGGCGUACAACGUGGUGCGCUUCCUCAAGAAGCUCGCUGCGUCCGGUCAGGCGAUCCUGUGCACGAUCCACCAGCCCAACGCGCUGCUCUUUGAGCAGUUCGACCGCCUGCUUCUGCUCGAGCGCGGUGGCAAGACGGUCUACUUUGGCCCCAUCGGACCCAACGCGACGCACAUUGUCGACUACUUUGCCGAGCGCGGAGCCAAGUGCCCCGAAAAGGUCAACAUGGCCGAGUACAUGCUCGACGCCAUGGGAGCCGGAUCGAUGAAGCGCGUGGGCAACAAGCCGUGGUCGCAGCUGUACCUCGAGUCGGAUCUCUUCCAGGAGAAUCUGGCCGAGAUUGAGAAGAUCAAGCAGGAGACCAACGCUUCCGCCAAGGCCAACGAGGACGAAGGCAAGAAGAAGAAGAAGCAGACCGAGUUCGCCACCUCGUUCGGCACGCAGGUCAAGGUGGUGCUCAAGCGCUCGCUGCUCAGCACGUGGCGCCAGCCCGACUACCAGUUCACGCGCCUCUUCCAGCACGCCGCCAUCUCGCUCAUCACGGGUCUUUGCUUCCUCAACCUCAGCAACUCGGUCGCUUCGCUGCAGUACCGUGUGUUCGGUAUCUUCAUGGCCACGGUGCUGCCGGCGAUCAUCCUGGCGCAGAUCGAGCCGUUCUUCAUCAUGGCACGCUCGGUGUUCAUCCGCGAAGACUCGAGCAAGAUGUACAGCGGCACGGUGUUUGCGAUCACGCAGCUGAUCCAGGAGGUGCCGUUUAGCAUUGCGUCUGCUGUGGUGUACUUCCUGCUCUUCUACUUCCCCACGGGCUUCCAGACGGGCUCGGACCGCGCCGGCUACUUCUUCGCCAUGCUGCUCGUCACCGAGCUGUUUGCUGUGACGCUCGGCCAGGCGGUGGCUGCGAUCUCGCCGUCGGUCUACAUCGCGUCGCUCUUCAACCCGUUCCUGAUCAUCAUCAUGUCGCUGCUUUGCGGUGUGACGAUCCCCUACCCGAAUCUGCCGCACUUCUUCAAGAGCUGGCUGUACUGGGUCAACCCGCUCACGUACCUCGUGUCGGGUCUGAUCACCAACGAGAUGCACGAGCUGCCCAUCCGCUGUACCGAGUCCGAGCUGGCUCGCUUCCAGCCGCAGUCGGGCCAGACGUGCACGCAGUGGGCCGGCACCUUCCUCAACGCCUUUGGGGGCUACCUCGAGAACCCGGAUGCGACGGCCGACUGCGGCUACUGCCAGUACUCGAGGGGCGACGACUUCUACGCCGGCCUUAACAUCAGCUUCUCCGAGCGCGGCCGCAACAUCGGCAUCGUCAUCGCCUUUGUUGCCUUCAACGCCAUCGCCACGAUCGUCGCCUCGCGCUACAUCAAGUACGCCAACCGCUAG